GUUUCACUCAAUGCCAUCGAAGUGUUUAAUUCAAAAUCAUGUAUUCGAUACCCUUCGCACAUGCAAACUUUUAAACAAAUGAAACUAUAAAUAUACCCUGUCAAUUGACGACUUUUAAACUAACACGGUUCUUUUGCUUAUUUCAAUCAUUACGGCGAGAAUAAGUUGUUAGGUAUUUAAAAGGGAUAGUAAAGGGAUAAGACAUACUUUAUGUCGAUUUAAAAUUGCUGUUGAAAGAUAAAAAAAACUCAAGAUGAAGUUACAAUUGAAAGAAUUUCCCACAAUCCUGUUGAUAUUGUUCAGGUUUCUUAUAAGUUUAGAAUGUUUCAUAAUUCCAUCAUCUGACGUGACAUACGAGGAUAUCAAAGCUCUAAAUGCCACAUGUAAGGGUUUGGACUCUUGUGAAUUACCCAGAAGAAAAAAUGCUCACGAGCACUGUAACUGUGACAGCUCAUGUAGUCUUCUUGGAACUUGCUGCGUAGACUCAAAAUAUAGACUAAGUUACGUAUCACCUCUAAAAAACGUUGAAUGCGCCUUAAAUAUUUACGAUAACAAGUACCACUAUGUACCCAUGAUAAACAGUUGUGAUCAGGAUAGAGUAAUAUACGACAGAACUAUUGAGAAAUUCUGCAACAGCUCUGCUGAAGAAUUAAACGAUCCUUUUUUGAAAAUACCCGUUACUGAUCCCGUAACAGGUAUCUCAUAUAAGAAUUACUAUUGCUUUGCUUGCAAUGAAAAUUUUGGCAGAGAAGAACCAAUACCAUGGAAUCUAAAAAUACAAAGUGGUUGUAUACAUAAAGAAUUCAAUACCACGUCAAUACCACCCCUCCGUUAUGAUAGUUACAGAAAGACAUGGGUUAUGAACUAUGACGGACAGAUUAUCAUGGAUGUUUCUUUGAACACCACCAUUCCAGAAGAACUGAAACAUGUUACGCCUUAUUGUUACAAUUUUCGAGUCAUCACAGACUGUGCAUCAACGUGGGCUGAUUACAGUGUUGAGGAGAAGUGUGCCGCUUACAUGGCUCUGACAAGAAUCUUGAGCAAAGAUGGUUUUUCUGUUCAGUACUAUCGAAAUCCACAUUGCGCCAUUUGCAACUAUGAGAACAUCGAUGACAUGGUUUGUCUGGCAACGGAAGAAGUUUAUGAUGGGGAAGAUACGAAAACUGAUGUUUUAUCCAUUAAAUUAUUCUCUCUUGAAAGUGCAAUAUGCACGUAUUCUAUGGUAUACGAUCACUUUGCGAAACAAUGCAGAAAUAUAUACACACGAAGGAAGCGAUUUCAUCAACUUGGGUAGAAAUUUUUAUAAAGAU